GCCUGUUAGACUCUAGGAGAGGUGCUCUGGAAGAGAUGACUGCAAGCAUGAUGAUGCUUAGGCUGUGUGGACUCCUUCUUAUAUGCUCCACUGUAAUAGAUGCUAAAUUAGACAUCAUCAGUAGUGACCCAGAUGUGCGGGUAGGAAGCGACACUCUGCUCUUGUGCAAAGCUGAUUCAGAGGGAGAAAUUAGUUGGUUGAAAGGUGGUGAAGACGUUGAUGAAGAUCGCUAUGUAGUCGAGAAAAUUGAUGAAUCCUCGAGUAAACUGAUCUUGAAGAACUUUGAAUUAGAUGACGCUGGAAUCUAUACCUGCGUGUUUGAAAAUGAUCACGGCACAAAGAAGAUGAACUACCAGAUCUAUGUCUACCAAACACCGGACUUUGGCAACACACCGGCAUACCAUGAAUUUCUGGUGAACCAGACAGCGACCAUUCCUUGCGUGGUGUCUGGGAAGCCUGUGGUGGAGAUCCACUGGUUUCGGAACGAUCGCAUCGUGAAUGAUGACGGUAGGGGGGAUGGCCAUGCUGCAGGUUCUUCUGCUCUUUUAUGUGGACGAGGUCAUCUCAGAAUCCUGCCAGAUAAGUCUCUGCAUAUUCUGAGAAUUCAGCAGGAAGACGGUGGAACCUACACUUGUGAAGGCAGGAUCAAGGGACGCCCCAUAAUAAGGGAGCUCCAGAUCUCUGUUGUUGUUAAUGAGCCACCGACCGUCCUGAUUCACCAGGAAAGAAAAAGUGUUUUUGCCGGACCCAACAGCACUGUGUCUAUAGCCUGCCUGGUCAAUGGAGUACCCCGUCCAAAUAUUUCAUGGAUACUCCCUUCCACCUCUGACGAGUCCCGUCACAAAUACAACUCUGAUAAGAGUGAGCUCACCAUCUCUGCAGUGACCAGGAGUGAUUUUGGAGAUUAUGUCUGCACGGCUACCAAUAAGAUCGGGGAAAACACCGCCACAUUUAUUCUGGAUGUCUCGGAGCGUCCAACUGUAGUUUUGGAUCAACCCAAGCUGGUGGUUAUUCCAGGAGAAACUGGAUCUGUGAUCUGCAAUGCCACAGGACAUCCAACACCAACCAUACAGUGGGUCAAGAAGACUAACAAAGAAAAAAUGACGAAUGUGGAGGAUUCUGAGCUGAUUCUUGAAAAUGUAAUACCCUCUGAUGGCGGCUUGUACUCCUGCAUAGCCAGCAAUACGGCAGGAACAACCACUGAGGACUUCCAGCUGAUAACCUGGCCUGGGACACCCGCUAAGUUCAGUGUGGCUCCGGGGCCCUCAUCUUCUGUCCUCAUCCAGAGUGCCUCAGUGCAAGAUGGAGGGUCCUCCAUUACCCAGUACAUCCUUCAGUGGAAGAAACCGUCUGAAGACACCUGGAGUCAAAGCAUUGUCAAGCCCACAAAUCCCCUGGUGAUCACGGGCCUUGAGCCGUACACAGAGUACUUCAUUCGUUUUGCAGCCAAAAAUUCUCAUUUCCAGGGGACCUUCUCCACAGAACACAAGAUCUUCACACAGUCCCAACAUGGAGAACCUGACAGCCCCAUUCUGUCUCUGAGCGAGAAAAAGCUGGACAAGAACUCAGUCUACAUCCCCAUUAAACAGCUAAGAGAUGGAGGCUUUCCCAUCCUACACUACGUUGUACGCUACAAAGGGAACAAGGAGAAUGAGGAAUGGACUGAAAAAGAAAUUCCUGGAAACUCCAGCAAAAUCCAGCUGAACAAUCUCGAGUACGAUGCUAACUAUCAAAUGGAAGUUUAUGCAGUAAACCACAAUGGCUCCUCCAAUGCUGCCAAAAUUAACUUCACCGUCCCACAACCUGUCAGUCAGCCGGCGUUAGGGAAAGGAGGUGUGGUGGGAAUUGUAAUGUUCAUCUUCUUGCUGCUGAUGGUGUCAAUAGAUGCUUUCUGUUGCUACACCAACCACUGCGGCAUGCUUAAUUUCCUCGCUCGUAAACUAUUUGGACACAAGGUGUCAGAGUCUAAAGGGAUGGAUGAAGAGGCCAAUAAUUCCACUGGAGACGUGAAGCUGAACGGGCUAACACUAUCACGAGGCAGCAUCCCAAAGCUUCAGUCACCCAGUGGGGCAGUGAAUGGCCUUCAUUCAGAGGUCACGUGUGACAAAGCGCCUCUUACCAAAUUCGAGAAGAAACCAGAAUCUGGUGAUCCAGCAGCAGAGGCCUAGAGGAAGAUAUUAUACAGGACCCAAUUUGAAUUCACUGAGUGAAGGAACUUCACACAAAUCUCGGAUCAUCUGAUUAUGAGCUUAAGGGUGAAGUGUAUCAUUUAUUUUAAAUACUAUAUGUAAGAUAUUUGUAUCCCAAAAUGUUUAAACUCUACAGCUCUGUGGUGCUAUGAAACAUGGUUCAACCAACAGCAUGAGUUUUGGGGCGGGACCAUCUGUUUGUCUGGCCAAUGACAGAUGGGGGAGUGUUUGAGAAACCUAUUUGUAAGAUAUAAAACUUCAUAAAUGACAUACUUUUUAUUUAAGUGAUGCCAUCUGGAACAAACAUACAAACAUCAUAAAGGACGACUGCUAUUUGCAGGAAAACGUUCAAGUCCUGUGUGAUUUAGAUUAUACUUAUUAAAUUGUGAUUGUACUACAUGGAAAUGUAGGAGUAUUAUGUGUGUGAUCCAGCACUGUAAAUACUGUACAUGACAAAUGCUGCUUGAGCUGAAUGUAUGUUCAGUAAUGAGCAGAUAAAAGCAGGAUGCAGCUAAGUAGAAUAUGAUGUUAACGUGUUAAAGUGUAAUAUUACUGUCAUAAUGGGAGCAUAAUAUCAUAGCAUAAUAGCAUCACUAGUGUUAAUUUAUUGCGUGUUUAACAUAUAUUUGUAGCUUGUAUAAAUUGAUUAAAGGAACAGUUGAAAGAUUUGGAAAUCAAUAGAAGUCAAUAGAUUUGGAAAGACAUGACUUUUCAGUUUAAUGUGAACGAUAAUGGCUUUU